AGCGCGCAUCGCAAGACCACGACAACAACACCGUCACAAUGAAUGGCAAGGACACGGGCGAGAAGGACAAGUCCGCCAACCCGAUGAAAGAACUCCGCAUCCAAAAGCUCGUCCUCAACAUCUCCGUCGGCGAAUCUGGUGACAGACUCACCCGUGCCGCCAAAGUGCUGGAACAGCUGAGCGGUCAAACCCCCGUCUACAGCAAAGCGCGUUACACAGUCCGUACCUUCGGCAUCCGACGUAACGAGAAGAUCGCCGUCCACGUUACCGUGCGCGGACCCAAGGCGGAGGAGAUUCUCGAGCGUGGCCUCAAGGUCAAGGAGUACGAGUUGAGGAAGAGGAACUUCAGCGAGACGGGCAACUUCGGCUUCGGUAUCAGCGAACACAUCGAUUUGGGCAUCAAAUACGACCCGGGUAUUGGCAUCUACGGCAUGGACUUCUACUGCUGCAUGACCCGACCUGGCGAGCGUGUGGCCAAGCGCCGCCGCGCGAAGUCCCGCAUUGGUGCCGGCCACCGCAUCAACCAGAACGAGACCAUCAAGUGGUACAAGAACCGAUUCGAGGGCAUCGUGAGGUAAACGGUCUUCGGUCGAGCGACGUGGGAGUAUUCGAACGGUCUGCAUUUGCCACGUGAGUGCAGGCAUGCUUUAGCGUAGAUAGGACUGAUCCAUCAAACCCCGGCCUAUCGCAGCAUACUGCUUCUCGCUUGAGCAAGAUCAUUCACAAUGGAGGCUUCACCUUUGAUGUGAAUUGCCGCAUAACCAUUCGAUCGCUGUCUCAAUGCACCCUGCCUGCAGGACCCUUUUCUUUGCGGUCGUGAAGUUGAUGUUCCAU